AUGAACACUACCGAGGCUUCUGCCUCCGAGAAACGAGGGAACCCAAAGUCAUCAACUGAUCCCCGAUCAUCAAAUAAAGGAUUGAUUUCGGCUCCAGAUGGAAAUACUCCCAAGAAGAAACACAUGCAAGGCGAAAGAGCUGCAACAACUACCUCGAAAGAAAAAAGAGCAAAUCGCGGAGGGAUAUCGACCAAUGCCAAUACCAAUGCCUCAACAUCAACACUAAUGAACUGGUUGCGUAGCGGAAAAUCAACGAAUAUCACGGCAUCAUACGGAGAAAAAGAUGAAUUGAGGUCAGAAGCUAUAUUAGGAUCCGAAGAUCAACUAGGCUUUGAAGAUAUAUUGGGAUCAGCGGAAGACUCGGUCUCCGAAGAGAGAGAAGUAACGAAAUGUAACUCAAUUUUGGAAGAAGACGAGCCGCCUUCGAAACGCCAGAAACAAAGCGACGCUGCAUCAGGUCAUGGAAAAUCAUUAUCUAGUCCUGGUAAAACUCUCACCACACCGAAGAAAAGGAAAACUAAUCCUCCUAACUCCCCAUGGAAAACCACCACACCUAAAUCAAAGAAAACGAAGACUCCCGAGCCCCCAAAGAUCGUCACGCCCAAAAAACCAGAGAAAGUAAAAUCUCCCAAGGGCGUCAUAAUCAGAACCGAAUACGUCGCAAACCCCGCAGCAGUUUUUAUCCACCCCAUUGAAGUUACCCACGAGGACCUUCCGGACUUUACACUCGACGGAGAAGGCGAAUUAGUAUUUCAAGGAGAACGAAACAAAGAUGACGGUCUGCUGUACUGGUCCCUGAAUCACCGAGUAGUCUGCGAAAAAUAUGACCGUCCCGAAGCGGAAUAUUUCGAGCCACCCAGAGAGACGUUGAAAAAAUGGCGUGCGUAUUGUGCGUUUCGCGGCCUGGAUAUCUGCGGUACUAGAAACGAGAUGCAGGAAAGAUUGAAGGCUUAUUUUGAAGUUGUUGAACGUACUGAACUUACCGAGCAGGAUGAAAGAGAUGAGAUUUGUGAGAACGAUGAACCAAUUACAGAACCAGAACGCUUAAAGGGAAUAAUCGAGGAAGAAAGAUAUCGCCCACAUGACCCUUCCUGGCGCAUCCAAAACGAAGCCGAAAGAACCAGAUUAUGGAGUCUCCUCUCCACAGAACAGCAAUUCGAAAAAAACGUCUCGCUCUUCAUCACUGAGAACAUAACUAACUCCAAAAAUCACGACGUGUGGGUUUUCAAAACACGCCCCAAGUUUACCGUCGCUGAGUGGUUCAAUUUUUUUGAGAAAAAUCGGAUUCUAGAUAUUGGAUUGGUGUUUACCACUCCGCCUGAGUCUCUACUUAUAGAAGAUAAAUCCCUCGAGAUGAAAUAUCAGCGAGGAAAAAUGGUGGCAGUACCGUUCUCCAAAAUCUACUGGGGAGGAACAUGGGUAGCGACCGGUUUCGAAAAAGGCAUGAUACUCGCGAGGACCCAGAUACUAGUGAAGCAAAAACUCGAUGAAAUGUGCGAAGAGAUCAGGAAAAGUAUCCUUGGGAAUAUAUCACAGAUUACCGAAAUGCGGGAAAAAUACCUGGUGAGUCGUAUGUAUAAGAAAGCAGGCUAA